AUGGGACAAGCUGGGAAAGCAAAAACCCUCCAGACCUCGCCUGGACAACCCUCGUCAGUCCCCACCCGCAAGUACGCCACACUUCCCCUUGCCAGUCUCCACCAAGCAGCCAUGUCACAGCCAGCGGCCCCAUUCAUUCAGCCCGCCAGGUUCUCUGCUCCCGCGGGUGAAUCUGUGUUGCCUGUCCAGCGCAAGACUUACUGGAUCACCACUACCACCGUCCAGCCGCACACGCAACCCAUGCCCUCACAACGUCGCACGGAGCUGCUCGGCUUCCCCUCCUGUCCGCAGAAGAGUCCAAGCUUGUCCCCCAGCCAGCAGCAGAAGAACACCCGUCCGCUACUGAGCCUGUCGACGACUCGCGGAUGGGCAGCUUAG